AUGCAGUUGAAUCUAGAAACUUCCCUCGAAGGUUUGCAGCCUGUCGAAGCUGAGUUGCGCCGCAGAGCUUUCUGGAUUGUUUACAUGGGUGAUAAAUCUGCUGCCAUACUCAACAAUCGCCCUAUUACUAUACAUAAAUUCUCGUUUGAGUCAGGAAUCACCACGGCAUAUCCUUCAGGCAUUGAGGACGAGGCUCCAGUUCUCUCCCCCGGUAAUCUCGUAACUAAUUCCGAUGUCGUUAGAAUAACCUGCAUAGAAGGUUUCAAUGCCAACCUGCGUCUAUGGCAAAACGCAUCUGAUCUGUUGUUGGAGCUGAGACUAAUGCAUGAUCGAGGGCACCAAGACUUGGGCAUGGCAAAUCUCCAGUCUUUGUUCAGCGCGCAAGACAAGGAUCGCCUUGAUGAACUUUAUGUCCGCUUCAUCACGUGUCUGGAUGAUCUCCCCCCUUAUCUGCAAUCAUACACGUUCGCCGCGUUGGUGGAUGGCUCGAGAGAAACCGCCAAACAGUUCUUGAUUCAGUGCGCGAACCUCCAAGUGUCAAUCCAUUGCCUCAGAAUGGUCAUUACUCAAAAGCUAGAGAAUCUGCCAUUCUAUAAGGCCGAGAUGGGACAUUCUGAUCUCCGCAAGACGGAAAUUGCCCGGGAUAUGCUGCGUGUCAUACAAGAAGCACCCUUUUGGUCGCUGCAGGUAAACGGCGAGCCUUAUGUCGAAAAGAUAAGACUCACUGGAGCGAGUCUUUUGGAGAUUAUACACAGAAAUGGGUCUUCGCCGAUUGCCAUGAGAGCUCGGAGCGAUUUUACAGUUCUUCUCGAUCUCCUUACUCGGUUGGACUCUAAGGCUUCUGAUGCAUUGCGAAAUACUUCUGCGAUAGUAAUAUAG